AUGGCCUCCUCCUCCUCGUGCCCGCUCGCCCCCGGGCCAAGCGGCUCCAAUUCCAAGCCCAGGACGGCGCGCGCCAGCGGCGUCGGGUUCGGAGGCGUAGCAAUGGCGCGGAGCGUGGCGGCGGUGAAGCUGGAGCCGUGGGCGGCGAGCGCAGAGGAAGGGUCGUCAGUGGUGCCGCGGUCGAUGGAGGGGCCGCCGCUCCCGGCGCCGUUCGUGGCGAAGACGUACGAGAUGGUGGAGGACGCGGCCACGGACGCCGUGGUGUCGUGGGCGCCCGGCGGCGCGGGGAGCAGCUUCGUGGUGUGGGACCCGCAGGCGCUCGCCGCCGGCAUCCUCCCUUGCUUCUUCAAGCACGCCAACUUCGCGUCCUUCAUCAGGCAGCUCAACAUCUACGGAUUCAGGAAGGUGAAUCCGGAUCGUUGGGAGUUUGCAAAUGAAUCCUUCUUAGCAGGCCAGAAGCAUUUGCUGAAAAACAUCAAGAGGAGGCGCACUUCCAAGCCUCAGAUGGAAGCACAGCCAAGAAACUGUGCAGGUGCUUGUCUCAGACCGCCAAAGGAUCCCAGCGAGGUCGAGAGUUUGAAACGAGACCGGGCAGCACUCAGGGCUGAAGUCAUCACGCUAAGGCAGCAGUACAGCAUUUGCAAAUCCCAACUCGUCGCCUUGGAGGAGAGGAUCUUGAACAACGAGAGGAACCAGCAGAGGGCCAUCGCCUUCUUUGCAAAGGUGCUCAGCAACCCAGGUUUCGUGCAGCAGGUCCUGCUCAACUAUGCCAAGGAGAAAGAGCUACGCGGCGCUUCCAAAAGACAGCGGCUGAUGAAAAACGAAGAACAUCGGCACGGCGAUUUGCCACUGAGGAAUAGCACCGAAGCUGCGCUUGGGACAGUGGUGGCUGGCGUCUCUGCGGGGAGCAGCGAUGGUGGCACAGCCGCGAAACAGGAACCUGGGCCUGAGUUGAAUGGUCAGGAGAUGGACAGUAUUUGGUAUGGUGUGUGGGACGAGCUGGACGUGAUACCAGGCGCUGAUAUGGACUGGCGAGAAGCAGACAAGGGCGUGGCUGGCUUCGACGUCGAGGACUUCAGUGGACGGCCUUGCGGUUGGGAUGAUGACUGCUCGUAUCUGGCGGAGCCGAUGCAGUUUGUGGAGCACUAUGACUAG